CCAAACCAAAGAAAGUAACAGAGUCUCAUCUCAUCUAAUCUCAUCAAAAGUCUCUCCUUCCUCCAUUUCUAUCUCUCUUCUUCUUCUUCUUCUUCUUCUUCCUCAGCUUUCUCUCUCCUGUGCAAGACAGAAGAAGCUCAAGGCAGAAGACUUGAGCAACAAAUUAAUAAAAAUAAAAUAAAAAAUACCAUACAAUCCAUCAAUGGAAAUCUCACCAAGACAUCAGUUAAACCCAAGCCCAUCUUAUCCUGCUCUUCCUUCACCAAAUAGCCAUAGCACCACCAGUACCACUAGUUCAUGCAACAGCAACGGUGUCCAAGCUUCUCCCUCAGCCGCAAACACUGCUGCGCCGCCGCUUGCUCCCAAACCCAUCACCAGAUCCGAAUCCACUAACCCGUACCCGACCACCUUCGUCCAAGCUGACACCUCCUCCUUCAAGCAAGUAGUCCAAAUGCUAACCGGCUCUACCGAAACCGCCAAGCAAGCCUCUUCUUCUUCGGCCAAACCGGCGUCUGACCCGUCCUCCAGAACCCAUAUACCUCCUGUGAAGUCAAUCCCCAAGAAGCAGCAACAAUCUGGGUUUAAGCUCUAUGAGCGAAGAAACUCUCUCAAAAAUCUCAAAAUCAAUCCUCUGAUCCCAAUUUACGGUUCCAACAACUCUGGAUUCUCCCCUCGAAAGCCCGAGAUUCUCUCUCCUAGCAUUCUGGAUUUUCCUUCUCUUGUUCUAAGUCCAGUCACUCCCCUUAUACCCGACCCGUUUGACCGUUCUGGGUCGGCUAGUUUCUCCUGUUCCAGCAAUGGGAAGGCGAAUUUCGAUGCCCAAGCUGAGGAAAGAGCUAUUAAAGAGAAAGGGUUUUACUUGCAUCCCUCGCCGACGACUACUCCGAGAGACCCGGAGCCGAGGCUCUUGCCUUUGUUCCCAACAACAUCGCCUAGAGCUCCAGGUUCUUCUUUGUCUUCUUGAAAUGAAAAAAAAAAAUUAGUAUGUUUUAAUUUUUAUUUUUGGUGUAAUUCUAUAUGUGCUAUUGUUGGCAUUGAUCAUGACGAUCAUCAUGAAGAGAAGGAAGAUGAUAUAUUUGAAAAAAAAAAAGAGAAAGUAUUCCGAUAUUUGCAGAGAAUGAGAUAUCAAUCACUUGCUUUAAUUGUAAAAAUUUGAUGUAUGUUCUUCUUUCUUAUCAUUAUUGUUAUUAUUUGUAACUUCUCUUGCUUGGUUGCUAAGAAAAAUUGAUCGGAAAUGAAAAGAAAAAGGAAAGGGAAAAGGCAACUUUUGAAUUUGACA